UUUCCUGUCAUUCUCUUCAUGCAUCUAAUCCCCUGUUUCUUCCUCAUUUUUGUUUGCAAGCCAAAUUGGUUUUGUGUCUUAUUGUUCUUCUUUCUCGUAGCAUUAGAUGAAAGGGUUAAUUGAUGGAGGAAAACAGUGCUUGAAAACAAGUGGUGGGGUUAGUUUUGUUUGUGUUUUCAUGAAUUUGGUCAAAGCUGUGAUCUUGAAGGAGUUGAGGCUGAAUUUGUUAUAGAUUCAUGGGCGGGCUAAAGGCUUUUGUUGGUGCUGCUACCCGUGUUUCAACAAGGCUGAUUGCUUUGUGUGAGUAGAGGAGGUCAGGAGGCUAUCAUCAUCAUGCAUCUUUCACUAUGGAAGCCUAUUUCUCACUGUGCUUCUCUGAUCAUGGAUAAGAAGAGCACGAAGAAAGGGUUCUGUACUGUAUGUGGCACAAGGAAGCUGGAAAUACAUCAGCAACAACUGGAGAUUUUAGAAUUACACAAGAUGAGGGUCAAGAACACUAAGAUGAAUCAUGACAUGGAAUGUUUGAAGAUAGAAAAUUGGCGCCUUAGCAAGCAAUUGGAGGACAGUAAAGCCCUAAAUGAUCAACAGGAGAAGAACUUCAUAGAGGAGAUUCAGAAAUUGAAAAGUGUAAUACAAGAUCAGAGUCAAGCAGAAAGUGGUGGCAAAUUUGAGCGCUCAAAUUACUAAUUUUAGAAAUCAAUUAAAGGACAAAAUGGAACAGUUGGAGCUCGUGGAAAACCUAAACAGUUCCCUUGUAGUUAAAGAACAUCAAUAUAAACAAGGAAUACUUGAUGCUCGUAAAGAAUCAUAGAUUCUAGAUUUCUGAUAACUUCAGGUAGUAUUUGAUGAAAAUGACCAAAAACUGAAAGGAUUGAAGAAUGAGUGUGGUGAAGUGGUAUACAAGGCUGUGGAAAAUGCACUGAUGGAAAUGGAAGAAUACAAUUCAAGUGGAAGAUAUGCAAUCCCUGAAAUUUGGAACUGGAAGGAGGGAAGGAAAGCAACUUUGAAAGAAAUUAUCCAAUUUAUUAUCAGGCAAUUGAAGAUUCACAAGCGCAAAAGAAAGUAUUAGAACUUCUUCUCUCAGGCCUUCUAAAAAGAGUGGCAGAAGCAGAACACGGGUGAAAGAAAAGAUGGAUCGAAUGCAUAGAAGAUCAGAAGAAAGAAUUUUUGUUAGACAUGAGAACCUUUUUUUUUUCUGAUAAAAUCCAUCUGUAUAGUUUGCUGCUUUCGAAAUCAAACUUGCUGUUAAAUUUACUUGUCUAUAAAUAUGUAAAUACUAACAGAUAGGUUUCAAAACUCAAAACUCUCCCCAUGGCCAUGAAGUGGUAACACUUGGUGAGUUGGUUGUAGUUGAUACCUAACAUUUUCAAAUAUUAACCCAUGUUUAGCAUUA